AUGCCAGACCCACAAGGCAUCCUGGAGAAGUGCCCAAGUCGAGAGCUGAAUGCGGAAGACAACAACCAAGGCAGCAACAAAGGUAUUGUUAUCGAAGUCGUUGAACUCGGACACGCAACUGUCAAAGAGUAUCUCAUAUCCCUUAGCAGCGGCAGCAAUUUCUACUCCAUCGCGGAUCCGGUGAGGGCUCAAGGUAUCAUAACCAAGGUGUGCCUCGCCUACUUGUCCCAUGUCAAUGAAAAGGAGGCGCGGAAGAACAGAACUCGAUUUCCUCUUGCCCAGUUCUCGUCGAAGUACUGGCUACAAUAUGCAAAAGGUUCCGAUGAAGUCCUUGAAGUUCGUGAGGCUACCAUCCGGUUUCUCUCUGAUGAACGAACAAGGGACAUAUGGAGUUCUUUGUAUAAUCCCGACUUUCCUACAACCGACAUCACAGGACCAUAUAAGAUGGCCACACCCUUGUAUUACGCUUCGCUGGCUGGACUCGCACAUACGGUCACCAAAUUGCUCCAGAUGGGAGCCGACCCAAUGAAUGCCGAUGGAGGAGAGGGCGCCAAUUUACAAGCCAACGGUGGGAAAUACGGGACAGCUCUGCAAGCCGCCUCCGCCCGAAGCAAUCACGGCGUGGUGAGGUUGCUUCUGGACAACGAUGACUUGAACACGGGCAAAGAGACAGACAACACCCCUCUUUGCGCUGCAGCAAAAGGUGGUCAUGCAGAAAUGAUCCGACUUCUGAUCAAUCACGGUGCGGAGCUAGGUUCGUCAGCUUAUGAUGAUCUUUCGAGCCCCGAGCUCUCGGCGGCAGUCAAAAACGGUCAUGAAGAAGUUGUAGCUCUUCUGCUUGAGCUCGGUGCCACGUUUGAUGGGUCAACACUUGAAGCAGCCUGCUACGGCAGGCAUGAAACUAUUUUGCGUAUGCUAGGUCGGUCACCAGUAAUGUUGACUGUGAUGGGUGACAGGAAGCGUGGGUGGAUGUUAUCCAACUCCUUACAAUUAACGGCACGAGCUGGCGAUGAGAAUCUACUGCGCAUUCUGCUUGAAGCAGGAGUCUUUCCUGCGCCAGGCGCUCUGCACGAAGCAUCCGCUAGGGGCGAUAUAGAGAUGGUCAAAUUGCUGCUGCAAGCCGGAAGUGGCAUCGACGAGCAAGAGGGAAAGCAUGGUACUGCCUUACAGGCGGCGUCCAAGCGAGGGAAUCUGGAUUUAUUGCCCCUUCUUCUUGGGGAAAACGCAGCUGUUAACGCUUUUGGGGGCCAAUUUGGAACUGCGCUCCAGGCCGCUGUGUCCAGCGGCCACGAUCACAUCAUUGACACUCUGCUAAAGGCUGGCGCUGACAUCAAUGUGGAAGGUGGCUGCCGCGGCAGUGCGCUUCAGGCUGCCUCAGACAGUGGCAAUGAGAAGUUUGUAAAGGCGUUGCUUGGGCUAGGAUGCCAAACGAUCAACACAGACCGAGGCAAGUACGGCAAUGCGUUGCAGGCAGCCUCCAGACAAGGCCACUUGGGUAUCGUGCGACUACUUCUCGAUCAUGGAGCGGCCGUAAACACGAGGGGUGGAAAGUAUGGGACUGCUUUGCGAGCUGCCGUCAGUAAGGGCCAUCUUCAAAUCACCCAAUUACUAUUGGACUCGGGCGCCGUCGUGGAUAUGGAAAUGAGAAAGGAAAGAUACGCAAGAAGAUUCUCAUUUACAAGAUACCCAUUUUCUUGGGGUGACAGCUCAGGUGCCGAUACUCUCGACUCCUCGGAAGACAAUGGGGUUGAUGAAGAAAUCUAUGGGCUUUUCCCAACAAACCCUACGGACGUCCGCGAAAUUCACAUUCCCGUUCAAAGCAACGACGUGGAUGGAGAAGUUCCACAGGAAACGUUGCUAUCCACUCCCCACACAAUCCAGAUAGAGGAACCCCUUGUGCCCGACCCGAGUCCAGAUGACCAAGGAGGUGAUGGCUCAGAGAAUGCAAACGAAGAUGUCGAAGAUUCGGCACCCGAGCUCGAGCGGUCUCAACGUGAGAUACUCGACGAAGACUGCCAGUGGGAGAGACUUGGGUUAGUCCGUGGAGAAGAUAGACAAGAUGACGAAAUAAGCUGGCCGGAUGAAGUAAUGCACAGCACCCUAAGGUUGGCUGCACUGUCUGGGAAUGAGCUUCUCAUUCAACCUCUCUUGGAUGCCGGCGCCAGCCUCAUGGACCUGAAAAUCUACGAAGAGUUCGCAACCGCUCUUGACCCCACGAUCAAAGACGGUAUUAUUGAGCGCUUGGUUGGCGCCGGCGCAGACCACAAAUUGCUGGGCAGAGCAGUCAGAGUAGCAGCCCAGAACGGCGACGAAACAAGUCUGAACAGAUUGGUCCAGUGGGCUGCAGCUCAUGGAGUUAAAAGCUCAUACAUCGAAGCACUUUCUGGGGCUGCAAGGAACGGCAACGAAAAGUUUGUAAAGAUUCUCUUCGAGAACGGCGCAGAUCCGAGUGCGGAUGAUUACCGCAUAGACAACCCGUUCUUUGCGGCUUUGGAUAGUGGCCAUGAGUCAGUGUGCCUUCUCCUCUUAGACGCGAAGGCCAACGUGUUUUCAUCUUAUCAAGAUGGGUUCCAGAAAGUGGCUAGGAAGGACUUCCGCCGACUUAUGCCCGCUAUGCUGAGUGUCGAUAUGGACCCUGCGAAGAGAAAGCAGAGCUAUAUCUCGGCGCUCCGGACCGCGGCUCUCUGUGGCAAGGGUGGCAUCAUGGACAUCGUUUUCGAAAUGGCCGAGAAAUAUUCUAUCCAGUUGGAUUAUUCCGCGGCGCUGACCUUUGCUGCGAGGGGAGGGAAUGAAAAGGCUGCCAAACUAUUGAUAGAGAAAGGCGCUCGGCUUAACUUGGAAGACUGGGUUGACAGAGCUGAAAUGGCACGGAUCAUCAACAAUGGGGACGAGUAUCUUACGAAGCUGCUCCUUGGAUCAUGCUCUGAAUUCGAUGAGCAAAAAGAGGCCGACGUACGUAUUCUGCACCUUGCCGCGCGGAAGGGUUUCUCGCGCAUCGUCAGCAUGCUAUUCGAGAAUGGGCUCGGUCCGGCGAGCCCGUCCUCGCAGUAUCAAAACGUCUUCGAGGCCGCCGCCGCAGGAGGUCACAGUGACAUGCUUGACCACCUAUGGGGCUCUUCUAGGCUCGAGGACGAGCACAGCGGCAUAGCGCUUCGGUCCGCAUGUCGAUACGGCAGUCCUCAGAUGGUAGAGAGAAUCCUGAGAACUGGUGUCGACGUCAACUCACAGGAUGAACAUUACGGGACUGCACUAUACGCCGCUUCAAAACGAGGCCACAGACUAAUCGCGAAGAUGCUGAUCGAAGCUGGCGCUGAUGUCAACGGCCAGAACGCCACCUUCGGGAGCGCCCUUCAAGUCUCUGCAGCUCGCGGGCGUUUACGGAUAGCGGAGUAUCUGCUCGAAAAUGGUGCACGUAUUACCAGAGAGGAUGAGAAUGGAAAAAAUAUGCUUCAGGCAGCUGCCGAGGGCAGCCACGUUCAUGUGAUCGACCUGCUUCUGCGCCACGGUGCAGACCUAAACCCCGAGGCCGGACGGUGGGGAGGCGCCAUCCAAGCUGCUGCCAGCGUCGGCAGUCUGAAGACGGUCAAGUUCCUGCUUACCCGUGGUGCCGAUGUGAAUGCCAUGGGCGGCAAGUAUGGCUCGGCUCUCCACGUAGCUGCUUACCACGAUAGAAAACGGACGGCAAAUCUACUGUUGGAAGAAGGCGCUUCCCCCGAUACAACUUGGCGCCAGUGUGGCACCCCGCUUCACACCGCUAUAACUAAGAAGCAUUUCGGAAUUGCCCGGGCGUUGGUCAAGAGAGGUGCGAACGUCAGUGUCCAGGGCGGCUUGUACGGGAAUGCUCUGCAAGCUUUAGCCGUCGUUGAGUCAAACUAUUCUUUCGCAGAUGACCUGAUCGAACGUGGUGCCGAUAUCAACAGCGUUGGUGGGAAGUUUGGGUGCGCUCUGCAGGCGGCAGCGAAGUUUUCUCCAGAUCUUCUCAAAUUUCUCCUGAAACGAGGAGCCGAUCCUAAUAUUCAAGGCGGAGAGUACGGAAGCCCACUCCAGGCUGCGUGUUCUGCCAACAGGAAGAAAUCAAUAAAGAGGUUGAUCAAGGCUGGAGCUGAGGUAAACUCCCAAGGUGGGAGAUUUGAAAGCCCUCUCAUAGCAGCAUGCAUGUCGGGGAGCGGGGAAAACGUCGAAAUGCUGUUGGACCACGGGGCAGAUGUGAACUUGCACCUGCAAAAUGGGCAGCUGGGAAGCCCACUUCAUGCGGCUUGCUUUGCCGAGGACAAAGAGGUCGUUGAACUUCUACUGUCUCGUGGAGCCGAUGUGAACUUCCAAUUUGGUGAGCACGGUAAUGCACUGCAGGUCUCUUGUAUGAUGCGCGGGCAAGACAUUGCUGAGGUCUUACUUGCGAACGGGGCCAGCACGAACUCAAAAGGGGGGAAGUUCGGAAGCGCGCUCCAAGCCGCAUCCUGGGCCGGCUAUCCGGAGAUUGUGAAAAUGUUACUUGAUCACGGGGCUGAGGUAAAUCUCAGGGGUGGCCUCUUUGGCGACGCCCUUCAAGCGGCUUCGAGCGGAUAUAUAUUUCCUGUGGGACAUGAGAGCCCUCUUGCACAUUUUGAAGCCGCCAUAGACGCUGAAGAGGUACAGGAACGGCCCAAUGGUGAAGGCAGACCCUCCUCCAGCUCGUCUUUAGCCACGGACGAAAGUCCUGUCUACCCUCACCCCGCAUUCUUGACGCGUCAUGAGCCUGACGAAACUGAAGAUGAGUAUCGUCCAGGGCAUCAUGCGGAAGUUGUUCAGCUGCUUCUGGAUAAUGGCGCUCGUAUCCAGUCCGAAUGUGGCCACUUCGGCAACGCCUUACAGGCAGCAGUACUAUCAGGAAACGAGGGGCUGGUGGAGAAGCUGAUGGAUGCUGGUGCUGAUGUCAACGCCAAGGGCGAACCACUUGGCACGCCUUUCGUUGCGGCUGCUGCUUGCGGCUUGACGCCUAUUGUCCGACAACUCUUGGACGCUGGAGCGGAUAUUAAUUCGCAAAACACAUCGUACGGAAACGCUUUGGUAUCAGCUGCUUCUGAAGGCCACAGCGACGUUGUCGGGCUUCUGCUCGAGCGAGGUGCUGACGUCCAUGCGAGAAACCAAGAAACCGAAGAAACAGCACUUAUGGUUGCAACGAAGCGAGGACACGGCGAGAUUAUCAAAAUGCUAACGGACGCAGGGGCUGAUGUCAACAGACCAGACGAAGCCAGUGCAACUGCUCAUUGA